AUGUUAUUUACAGGAAAGGAAGAUGUGUGUAUCAAAGUGACCUCUGUUCCAGCCUCUCUGGUGCCCUACAGACUGUCUUUCUCUGCGCAAGUGUCCUCUUCUCGUCCAGUUUCUAAAGUAGAGUCCAACUAUCCCCUGGAUGCUCUCCAGUACCUCAAUACAGACCAAACCAAGGCUUCGGUCAAGAUGGCUGCAGGACACAAGUUUGACCGAGACAUUGAACUGCUGAUUUAUUACAAAGAUGCUCACCAGCCUACUGUUGUGGUGGAGGCAGGACAAGCCUCUGCCAAGCCUGGUUCUCUGAUGGGUGAUCCAGUGGUGAUGCUGAGCCUGUACCCUGAGUUCCCCCAGGCUGUGAUGUCUUCAGUUGCCUCAUGUGGAGAGUUUGUGUUCUUACUGGAUAGAUCUGGCAGUAUGGCAGGAUCCCGUAUAAAAAGUGCCAGGGAUACUUUGCUGCUCCUGUUGAAGAGCUUACCAAUAGGCUGCUAUUUCAACAUCUACAGUUUUGGGUCCAGCUAUGAACACAUCUUUCCUAAGAGUGUUGAGUAUAAUGAGAAGACCAUGGAAGAGGCUCUGAAUGAAGUUAAAAGGAUGGGCGGUGAUCUGGGAAGAACAGAGAUCCUGAUUCCCCUCGAACAUAUUUACAGUCAACCCUGCAUUUCCAGUCAACCUAAACAACUAUUUGUCUUUACUGACGGAGAGGUGGAGAACACCAAAGAAGUUUUAAAUCUGGUGAAGAAGAAUUCAGGUUUUCACAGGUGUUUCUCUUUUGGCAUUGGGGAAGGGGCCAGCUCUGCUCUUAUCAACGGGUUGGCCAAGGAAGGAGGAGGUCACGCUCAGUUCAUCACAGGGACUGACAGGAUGCAACCCAAAGUGAUGCAGUCGCUGCAUUUUGCUCUGCACCCAAAUGUGUUGGACAUCUCAGUAAAGUGGGAUUUGCCAAAGGGAGUGUCUGUCACUGCUCUCUCUCCUCCAAUCACAGCACUUUUUCAUGGUCAAAGGUCACUGGUUUAUGCCCAGCUCACUGGACAGAGUUCAGAGGCAGCGGAGGGCUGUGUGACGGUGAAGUACAGCCUGGCAGGGCAUCCCUCUCAGAACCAGGUCCACUUCAGUCUCAAACCUGCAGAGGACACUGGAUUAACACUCCACAGGUUGGCUGCUCGGACUCGAAUUCGCUCUCUGGAGAUGGAGGAGAGAGAGAGCAGAGGAGAGCAAGAAGAAGGAUUGAAGAAGAAGGUGGUGGAGCUUAGUGUCCAAUCAGGAGUGAGCAGUGCCUUCACUGCCUUCAUUGCUGUCAACAAAGGAGACGGAGAGGUGAUUCAAGGACCUCUGGUAGUCAGAAAUGUUCCCACACCCAGGAGGACGGCCGGUUGUAUGCUUAUGCAGUGCAGGCAGUCCAUACAUCCUGUAAUGAAUGACAUGAUGGGUUUGAGAAGUCCUGGGUCUGCUUUGUUCUGUCCACCUUUGAGGAAUUUCUCAAACGACAGCUUCUCCGUGCCGCCACCCAGAGACCCUUUGCUGCAGCUGGUCUCCCUCCAGAAGGCGUCUGGCUGCUGGGUGCUGGAUCCAGCUCUGGCUGCUGCACUGGGAAAGACCAGCGAGGAGGUGGAAAAGCCCAAGCCUGCAUCAGUGAACCAGGAAGUAUGGGCCAGCAUUCUGGCUCUGAUCUGGCUUCAUGGUUUCAAGAUGGAUGCUCAGGAAGAGUGGGAGCUUCUGGCAAUGAAGGCUGUGUCAUGGCUCCGUGCCCAGAAUGCUUUAUGUGUGACAGAGUGUGUGGAAGCUGGAAAUGCUCUGUUGGGUUGCAGCGUGCAGAAAGAAGCCCUGGGACUCUGAGGUUUUCAUUAAAGUUACUUCCCUUAACGGUACACAGAAGCAGAUUUACUCCAUGCCAAAACAUUAACUGUUGUACUUUAACGUUGCAGUGCACUUCACUCUUUGCACCAUUUACAUUUUUUGUUGAGAGAUGGACUGACAUAGAAAAAGGUUUGUCCCUUAUUAUCCUCACUAUAUCUGAACUGCAAUUCAUCCAUCCAGCAGCCAUGUAACUGCACAAAUAGAGUUUGUCUGUUUUGAGCCUUUAAA